UUCAACACAUUUUCAAACAUCAAUGCUUUCACAAGCCAACAAAAAUUCCAGCACAUUGAGUACACUUGAGACAACACCUUUUAGGACAGGAAUUGGAACUGAAGGAACGUCAACUCAGAUGACCACAACAAUGCCCACCUUGUUAAGUACACUUUCAACAACGCCAUUUGAGCAAGACUUAACAUCUUCAACAUCUCCACAGUCAGACACAACAACAUCUAACACAUUUAAUUCACUUGAGACUACACCCUUUGACCUACUUGAUAAAAGUCCAUCUGUGACUCCAUAUGUGUCUGCAGCACACUCCUCAAAGAUAUCAUCAACAUCUAAAAGGACCAGUGGAGCAUUAACGUUUCCAACAAUGGCAACUAUAUCAGAGAAGGAAUACCGAACACCUUUUAUAACACCACACCUGCCUUCCAAAACAUUAACUACAUUAGCGUCUUUGGCAAAAACAUUGCCAAAUAGUCCCCAUACUACUGCAUUACCUGCAAAAGCUUUUUCUGUAUCCCCAACAUCUUUAGAACCAAGUGAAACAAAGGUGAAAACAAGUCAACCAUUGCUGUCACAAACAACUGACAAAUCAUCAACAACAUUUUGGGGAACAACUGCUUCAUCUCAAAGAAAAGUCAGUCCUCUAGCAUCGCGACUUUCCUCAAAACCAACAACUGAUAUAGCUACUUCUAUAACAUUGCCAGCUAGAUCCUCCCUUUUGACAUCACCUAACACAAUAGUGCAAACUAGUAUGCAAUCCCCAUCCUCAGAAAAAUCUACAACACAUAGAGACACAGUAAGUAUAUCAGUAAGACAGAAACCACCUACACAACAAGUUACAUUUUCAAAAUCAGCUCCUGUUAGGCUUACAUCCCCAGCAUCUACCACAAUGUCUGUAACUUCAUCUCCAUUGAUAUUUCAAUCAGCGACAAUUCCACAACGGGUGCCCAAUACUGAGCCAAUGCCGUCAGUCUCUCACUCGGCUGCAUCAUCUGAACGGAAAACACUGCCCACAUCCUCUCUACCUUCACAUCAACCAUCAACAAUGGUAUUAUCCACAAUAGGUAAGUUUUAA